AUGGGAUCCAAACAAGGAAAUGGGCAAGAGAGGACAUCAAGUGGGAAAGAAACUCAAAAAGUUGAAUGUUCUAAGGGCAUGAAGCCCCUGGUGCCUGUCACUCCCGGGGCCAGUUUCACUCCUGACUUUAGUUAUCUGAACAAAUUCCCCUUUGAGCCUAAAAUAAUUUGUGUGUCCAAAAUACUAAAAUAUGCUGGCAAUGAAGACACCAUUACCGUAAGGGCUGACGAUAGUAUGGACACAUUGGCAUUAGUAUUUGAAGCCAGGAAUCAAGAAAAGAUUUCAGACUAUGAAAUAAAAUUAAUGGAGUUAGAUGUUGAACAACUUGGAAUUCCAGAACAAGAGUAUAUCUGUGUAUUGAUGCCUUCUGGUGAAUUUGCAUGUACAUGCCGAGAUCUUAGUCAUAUUAGAGAUGCUGUUAUAAUUUCCUGUGUAAGAGACAGAGUGAAAUUUUCUGCAAGUGGGGAACUUGAAAAUGGAAAUAAUAAGUUGUCACAAACAAGUAAUGUCGAUAAAGAAGAGGAAACUGUUACCAUAGAGAUGAAUGAUCCAGUUCAGCUAACUUUUGCACUGAGAUAUCUGAACUUCUUUACAAAAGCUACUCCACCCUCUCCUACAGUAACACUCAGUAUGUUUGCAGGUGUACCCCUUGUCGUGGAGUAUAAAAUUGCUGAUAUGGGACAUUUAAAGUACUAUGUGGCUCCCAAGAUCCAGGGUGAAGAAGGAUCUUAG